UCAAGAUAUGCUAAAGUCUGAAUUUGUCGCAAACUUCACUGAAGUACAGAAAAGUCAAGAUAUGCUAAAGUCUGAAUUUGUCGCAAACUUCACCGAAGUACAGAAAAGUCAAGAUAUGCUAAAGUCUGAAUUUGUCACAAACUUCACCGAAGUACAGAAAAGUCAAGAUAUGCUAAAGUCUGAAUUUGUCGCAAACUUCACUGUACUACAGAAAAGUCAAGAUAUGCUAAAGUCUGAAUUUGUCGCAAACUUCACCGAAGUACAGAAAAGUCAAGAUAUACUAAAGUCUGAAUUUGUCGCAAACUUCACCGAAGUACAGAAAAGUCAAGAUAUGCUAAAGUCUGAAUUUGUCGAUAAUUUCACUGAAGUAAAGAAAAGUCAAGAUAUGCUAAAGUCUGAAUUUUUCGCAAACUACAGUAAUCUGCAAGAAAAACAAGAUACCCUGCAGUCUCAGUAUGAAACUCUGAAUCAGAAACUUGAUGAAGUGUCCAAAGUGUUCAGUUUUCUGAAGGAAUUCUACUGCGAUGCUACAAACACGUCUCCCGAUAACACUUCUCCUGAAUGUAAACUGGGUUGGGUCCUCUUCAGUUCCAAGUGUUACUUCAUCUCCACUUAUAAACUGACCUGGAAUGAGAGCAGUGAUUGGUGCAAGACAAGCGGUGGACGACUAGUGAAUAUAGAAAGUUCUGACGUGCUGGUAUGUCAUUUACGCAGGUGGAUUUAAAAUGACUGUCUUCAAACUGUAUACUGUAAGUUAAACUGUCAGGACAGGAGCUUUAAAAACAAAACUCUUUGAAAGUGCAUCUCAAGAACAAUCCCAGAAGAUCUAAUCUGAAGUUGACUCAGCUCAGUAUUUUAUUACACCAGGAAUGUCUUUCUUUAGCAGAUUCCUCCAAUAGAUCUGGAGAGUCUGUCAACACAUUUCAAAGGCUCAGAGCGACUGCCAUUGUAAUCAAAGUCUCAGUGACCCUUUGUUUAGUGCUGACUGUGUGAGAAAGUAAAGAUUCUCUCAGAGGACUCUCUGCGUCUUUCUUCAUUCGCUACAACUGACGCCAUCAGACAUGCUGUGAAUCCUAGAUUGCUGUUUCUUCUUUCAUGGCUGCAGGAGCUCUUAGAGUUGCCAUUUCUACAUUACGUUUACAUGCAUUUCUGGUUUUUGGUUUAAUGUCUGGGAGAUAUGUAAUGGACAAAAGGGUCACUGGUGAUGAGUUAGUCAAUUAGUAGAUAAAGCAAUUUAAGUUUUGCUCAUCAUUUUUUCAUGUAAAUCACCAGGUGGCCAUUGCAUCGCUCCAAAUAAAACCCAGAAUGCCACUGAACUGCCCUUCUGAGGUGAUAGGCCCCUGUUGAGACCCAAAUCAGUACAAAUGUCUGCAGAUUCUGUCAUUGGUUGAUUUCCAUUGGGAGGCUGGGGUUUUUGUGAGAUUUCCCCCCAGGGAUGUCGUAUUUAGUAUCCAGUAUCUCUGUUAGCACACUGACACAUUAUUAGUGUUGGGCAUCACUGCCAUCUGCUCAUGUGACACAAGAAGUGACACAAUAGCUCAAUUUAUUAUAAAAGCAGGUGACACACUGAGCGUUUUGUCUGAUUGUUACAUUUAUAAGUGAGACUCAGGCCAGUUUAUAUUAAAGUUAAAAAGGAGGUCAAAUGUGUUUGAUUGUGAGUAAGAGAAGAUAAUUCAAUAUAAUAAAGACACCUGCAAGUUCAACUGUACAUCAACUUCUUCAUUUCAUGUUUUCUUAUCAGGGCUUUAUUAAAAUGAAAGCUCUUAUCAUUUAAGAUACAGGGACAACUUUAUGGAUUGGUGGAUAUAACAUCAGUAAACAAAACAAAUCUACCAGGAUGGACGCCGGACCUGUGACAUCCAAGAGGUAAGAAGAUUCCUUUCAGUCGAGACGUCUCACUUUGACUGAAUGAGCUCCAAAACUGUAUUAGGCAGGAGCAGAAAGGGGGUCACCUACAGAUGACACUUUACUGUCAUUAGAGGUGACAAACACACUGUCUGCUGUCUUAUUUGAUAACAUAAAACAGAGGACCGGACAUCACAAUAAUUUGUGCCUUUCUGACAUUAUUGAAUCACACACCAUUUUUGUAUAAAUAUCACAUACAGUGGGGCAAAAAAGUAUUGAGUCAGCCACCAAGUGCAAGUUCUCCCACUUAAAAAGAUGAGAGAGGCCUGUAAUUUUCAUCACAGGUUUACCUCAACUAUGAGAGACAAAAUGAGAAAAAAAAUCCAGAAAAUCACACUGUCUGAUUUUUAAAGAAUUUAUUUGCAAAUUAUGGUGGAAAAAAAGUAUUUGGUCACCUACAAACAAGUAAGAUUUCUGACUCUCACAGACCUGUAACUUCUUCUGUAAGAGGCUCCUCUGUCCUCCACUCGUCACCUGUAUUAAUGGCACCUGUUUGAACUCGUUAUCAAUAUAAAAGACACCUGUCCACAACCUCAAACAGUCACACUCCAAACUCCACUAUGGCCAAGACCAAAGAGCUGUCAAAGGACACCAGAAACAAAAUUGUAGACCUGCACCAGGCUGGGAAGACUGAAUCUGCAAUAGGUAAGCAGCUUGGUGUGAAGAAAUCAACUGUGGGAGCAAUUAUUAGAAAAUGGAAGACAUACAAGACCACUGAUAAUCUCCCUCGAACUGGGGCUCCACGCAAGAUCUCACCCCGUGGGGUCAAAAUGAUCAAAAGAACGGUGAGCAAAAAUCCCAGAACCACACGGGGGGGACCUAGUGAAUGACCUGCAGAGAGCUGGGACCAAAGUAACAAAGGCUACCAUCAGUAACACACUACGCCGCCAGGGACUCAAAUCCUGCUUAAGCCAGUACAUGUGCAGGCCCGUCUGAAGUUUGCUAGAGAGCAUUUGGAUGAUCCAGAAGAGGACUGGGAGAAUGUCAUAUGGUCAGAUGAAACCAAAAUAGAACUUUUUGGUAAAAACUCUACUCGUCGUGUUUGGAGGAGAAAGAAUGCUGAGUUGCAUCCAAAGAACACCAUACCUACUGUAAAGCAUGGUGGUGGAAACAUCAUGCUUUGGGUCUGUUUUUCUGCAAAGGGACCAGGACAACUGAUCUGUGUAAAGGAAAGAAUGAAUGGGGCCAUGUAUCGUCAGAUUUUGAGUGAAAACCUCCUUCCAUCAGCAAGGGCAUUGAAGAUGAAACAUGGCUGGGUCUUUCAGCAUGACAAUGAUCCCAAACACACCGCCCGGGUAACGAAGGAGUGGCUUCAUAAGAAGCAUUUCAAGGUCCUGGAGUGGCCUAGCCAGUCUCCAGAUCUCAACCCCAUAGAAAAUCUUUGGAGGGAGUUGAAAGUCCGUGUUGCCCAGCGACAGCCCCAAAACAUCACUGCUCUAGAGGAGAUCUGCAUGGAGGAAUGGGCCAAAAUACCAGCAACAGUGUGUGAAAACCUUGUGAAGACUUACAGAAAACGUUUGACCUCUGUCACUGCCAACAAAGGGUAUAUAACAAAGUAUUGAGAUGAACUUUUGUUAUUGACCAAAUACUUUUUUUCCACCAUAAUUUGCAAAUAAAUUCUUCACAAAUCAGACAAUGUGAUUUUCUGGGGGUUUUUUUUCUCAUUUUGUCUCUCAUAGUUGAGGUAAACCUAUGAUGAAAAUUACAGGCCUCUCUCAUCUUUUUAAGUGGGAGAACUUGCACAAUUGGUGGCUGACUAAAUACUUUUUUGCCCCACUGUAGAUAUGGCCAGUGACUGCUGACUUCACGUUUAGCGACUCCUUUCCCUAAUCCUGCCAGUACUGCUGGCCUCACACAUGUAGUCAUGAAUGUCGUUUCUCAGAGCUCUGAAGACAAUAAUGAAAUAUGUUACAAAUGACAAACGCUCUGCAGUGCAGUAAACCAAACUACAAGGAAAUAAGUGAGAAUGUCAUUUCUGAACUUAAACACCCGGCUGAGGUGCCACGAGGCCACAGGGUGCCACAGGGACAGUGAUGAGCCGAAGUGGCUGAGGUAGGAGUGUGAAUGGACACAAAGUGGAUUACUGCAGGUGUGAUAGCUGACGUAUAAUAGGCAGAUUAUUUGAUGUUGCUGGUCAUAAAGAGUCCAUUCAUCCAUACAACUCUAUUCCUGCCUGAAGUAUCCAACUGACGGAGCUGCACACCAUCCAGAUAGCAAAGAGCCCAAAAUCUGCCCAAAAGCCAGGCUGGCACAGGGCAGCCAAACUCUGAAAUGAGCCGGGCAUCAUAUACUUGGGCAGAGCUUCAUCACGCUGCCCCACAUUCAUCUUCAUUUCUUAUUAAUGGUGUAAGUACAAUAUGAUGACUUGUCAAGUUUUAGUUCAUGUUAUUAUCAUGUGCACUCUUCACAAUUCACGUAUCCCAUAGAGCAGUGAGAACAGUUCAAUACCAAGAAGAGACGAGGAGUCCAACACAACACAUGAAAUGUGACAGCAGAUGAACGAUAACAGACACAGGUGGGCUGUCAUCAGCAUGUGUCGUCACGUGUAGUGAUGGUGUUUCAUCUGCUAGUAACAGAAGGCUUCACUCUCAUGUCCUCAUAGAUAUAGUUACGCAGGUUUGGUUCUUUCUUUUGGGUGGCACACUGGUAGUACUGCCACACCGCUGUAAGAUGACAAGGGUACCCCGGUCCUCCCUGUGUUUGAGUUCACAUGUUCUCUCCAUGUCUGCGUGGUUUCCUCCUGGUGCUCCACAAACACACACAUUCAGUGGAUUGACGAUGCUAAAUUGGCCCUGCAGUGUGUGUCUCUCUGCCUGCGAUGGACUGGCUCCCUGUUCAGGGAUUGUUCCUGCCUUGGGCGCCUGUUCAGGAUGAAGUGGGUUUAGACAAUGGAGGGACCACUGGUUCUUUUAGGUGAUGUGUUCAGAUGUCUUCAUUUAUAAUCUGAAUUGUCAGCAGAUGUUAAAUUGUUAAACGGUAUUUGUAUGUAUUAGUUUAGGUCAGAUGUUGAGCCGUAGUGUCUAAUGAGCUCUUAAAUGAGGUCAUCAGCAUGGUUAAAGGUCACAAGAGACACCGCAGCACUGAUGGCCGCUCAGAGAAGAGCAGAAGCCACUCUGUAAUAAAGACUAACGAGACCAUGAGGCUUUAGUAGAACAGAAAAGGCCAAGUCUUCAGAAUCAUCAGAGGCCUGAUAAAGUGAACUAGUCAGUCGUGUGUCUGAGGACGGCUACUGCAGAUUAGCAGAAGUGUAUUCAGGCAGAAAGCAGGAAGCAAUGGCAGCAUUUCUAGACGUCAGCCUCAAAGUCACAUCAAUCAACACGGAAAAAACGGUCAAGUUACACAAAUCACAAUGAAGGCUUUGACGUAUUCAUUCAUUUUACAAAGAUCAAGUGGUUUUUGAACCCAGCAUUGCUAAUUUUAUGUAGUGGAAUACCUAAGAAACCAUCAGAAGUGUGUCUGCUAAUGUUCAGAGACCUUUGUGCUAAUAUACAUCGAUCCAUCCAUCCAUUAUCCAACAUGCUAUAUCCUAACUACAGGGUCACUGGGGUGUGCUGGAGCCAAUCCCAGCCAACACAGGGCACAAGGCAGUAAACAAACCUGGGCAGGGCCUUAGAAAUGGCUGACGCUUUCCUGAUUUCACUUGCGUUUUUCUUCAUCUCGUCUGAGAUUUCCUUUGAUCUCGAGACUCGGUGAUCUUCUAGAAACCUUAGGGUGACAACUUCACUGUCACAGCAAGUGACAACAUAUGGUGACGUUUAGAUUUUAUAAGGCUGGCUGCAUCUUGUUAUCAAUGAUCUUUGAUCAGCUGUUUGUGUGACUCACUAAAGAGACAAUUCUCUAACACAUGGCGAUACAGCUGUGGGGUUACUUUAUUACUUCAAUAUCUUAGGCAGGCAGCAACUUAUAAAUGGUGUGAUAGGUUUACUCUGAUUCCUGUCAUCGAAUAUUACAUUUAGUCUAAAGAUCUGAAGCUAUUCGUUAUGACAAACAUACAGAAAUGGAGAACAUCUGGAAGGGAGCAGAAACUGAACAUCACUGAGCGUUUAUCACAAUCAGAGCUGCCAUCGUGACGAGCAUUUACUACCACAUGACAUGACGUCUAUUCUGUGUUAUUAAUGUCUGAGUCUUAACACAAGUUUUAUCACUUAUGGACUCUCUUAAGCCAACUGCUGAUGGUUUGACUUUUUAAGAGUGACGUUUCUCAUUCCACUCUGUCUCUUGAGUUGAUAUUUUUAAUUUUAUUCAUAUUGAUGAUUUCUUUUUUUUUCCUUACCACACGUGCUGAACUCUGUAAUUUUAAUUCUUUAUAUUUUGAUCUUCAGUAGUUUUUAUUUUAUCAUCCAGUAUAUAUUUACACUUUUGCAGAUUUGUUCUAGGGGCCCGUCUCACAAAUGAUUUUGCAUUGUCGUGUUUUGUUGUGUUGAUUUCCAUUUUAUUCUUAACUUGAGAUGCUGUGCUCUGUGAUACUUUGUGCAGAAUAAAUCUGAAUUGCUUAAUAAAGUCUGUUUGACUUCCUUGA